AGGCUACAUCAAAAGCCUUCCCAAAUUUGAUUCCAGCAAGAAUGAUGAAGAUCCUUGCAUUGGGAACACGAUGAGUUGAUGAUGAAUUGUAUCUGAUCCUGGCCUAUAGCUCCGAUCAAAUUAUGCAGACAGUUACGAAAACUGUGGCCCUUUUCUAUUUGAGAGACAUAUGGAAGAUUUAGGGCACCAAAGAAAGAUGAAUGCUGGAUUAGAAGAAGAUUUAGAGGAUUUCACCCCAGUACAGGCUGGAAGAAAUGGAGAAGAAUCCAUUGGACUUCAAUUUGUGGCUAGUGUUGAAACAGAAGACAUUGGCUCAUAUUCCAUUCAUAGAACCAGCACGGACGGUGAAGAAGAGGGAAUAGCUAGUUAUGGAUCAGUUGGGGAGCAACACCUAGAGAGUGAAACAGUGACUGAAAGUGAAAUAAAAGACGAUCCAUUGGUAUGCGCCGCGUCUAAAGAUAACAAAAUAGAAACUGAUAAAGAUGGUACUUGUGAAGUAAAUGUUGAUUUGCCUUCCAAAACUGCUAAAGACGAUAUUGCAAUGGAGGAUGUCAUGGUUUCAAAUGAAACAUUGAACCAUGAGGAAAUUCCGACAUUUGAAAUUGAUUUUGGGUCAAAAGAUUUUUUGAAUUUAGUUGCAGGAUCAAGAAACGAAUUCAGAAACUCUGAUGACUGUUUUCUAAAAGGAUGCAAAUGGUCUCCUGAUGGAUUGUGCAUCCUUACAAACAGCAAUGACAACUUCUUAAGGAUUUUCAACAUACCAACAUUAUUUCUGCAAGAUGUGUCCUCUGCAAAUGAAAUCCCUGAAGAACUGGAUCCAGUUUUAAGGAUGAAAGAGGGAGAGAUAGUGUAUGAUUUUGAUUGGUAUCCUUUGAUGAGCUCUUAUGAUCACCCUACAUGCUGCUUCAUUUCAACUUCAAAGGAUCACCCCUUACAUCUGUGGGAUGCAUUUACAGGAGACGUGCGAUGCAGUUAUGUGCCAAAAAAUCAUCUUGAUGAAGUUGUGGCUGCGAACUCAGUAACAUUUAGCAUGGAUGGAAAUAAAAUAUUCUGUGGCUUUAAUAAGGCAGUGAAAGUGUUUGACACUAACCGACCUGGCUGUGAAUGUAUGGAAUAUGCAACUGCCGUAAAAAAUACAGUGUUUACCCAGUCCGGUAUUAUAUCGAGCAUCGCGUUUUCAAAGGCAUUGGGGAAAGUCUUUGCUCUUGGCUCGUUUGGAAAAUGUGUAGGGAUCUAUUCCGAAGACGAUGCUGAUCUGAUAUGCAUGUUGCCAGGGAAAAUAGGUGCCGUGACCCAAGUUCAGUUCUCAAAAGACGGAUUUUACCUGUAUGCCGGUGCAAGAAAGAACGAUGAAAUAAGUUGCUGGGAUCUUCGAAAUUUGGACAGACAGCUUUUCACUUUGAACCGAGAUGUAGCAACCAAUCAAAAAGUCCAGUUUGACAUACAUUGGUCCGAUCGAUACCUGUUUUCUGGAAAUACCAAUGGAUGCAUAUCUGUAUGGGAGCUAGAACCCACUCGUCCAUCAAGCCCGCACACAUUCCCUGCACAUGGUGAUGCAGUAAAUGGAAUAAGCAUUCACCCAUAUGCCCCAUUGGUUGCAUCCACGUCUGGCCAGCGACAUUUUGAUAUCAGUUCUUCAAGUGACACUGAAGAUUCCCAACCGGAGUCCAUUGACAAUUCUUUGCUUGUGUGGAGGCUUAGUCAAGUAUUUUAGUUUAUAUAGAUUUUUACAUAGAAACCCCCAACUAUGAUUUUUUUGUUGGCAGUAGUUUCUAUUUUUUAUUUUUCUUUAAGUGAU